AUGCCUUCACCAACUGAAAACAACAAUAGUGUAGUCACUCCAAGCAAGAAUGCAGCUCGUCCCGACGCGAGUCCAAACGAUGCUGUCAUUCCAGUGAACGACACAACAACAGCUCCACUUCCUCCGACCAACAACAAAUUCACGGAUCGCGAAGGGUCGGCCAUCGCUCGUAUUAUAUGGAACAAAGAUCCUGCAACAGCCGAGAUGGCGACGGAGCUCCAAGGAAUUUUUACUGUCAUGCAAUUGAGUAAACUUUCUGAUUUUGAGGGACAAGAUGCAACCAAAUUAAUUGGAUUUGCUGGCAUUCCAAGACCUGGCGGUACGAUUGGACCCAUCCAAUCAAAGCGCCUCAAGGAUUUCUUCGAUUAUGCGACCGCUCCUUCUGCGAGUCUCCCUCCGGACCUUACCUACACCAAAAUUCGAACCGUUCUUGAAGCACGUGCCAAAGAAUUGGAAGUUGCAGUUCUAGGCUCCAUGACUGGGGAUGGAACUUCCGUUGCGCCUGCUAGUUCCAACUUCAAGUUCAAAGCCCCAGUAUGCGAUAUAUUUACUGGCGAGCCUGAGGAAUUUUGGGGUUGGUGGGAUUCUGUUCUAUUGGCGUUCGGUCAGUCUGGCAUUUCUGAAGCUUUGACUGACCCAGAAUACCACAACAAGAGUGACAGUGCUGACAAAGCGUCUAGUGCUGGAUGGUACGCCAUUGCGAAAAGCCUCCAAGGCGGCCAUGCCAAUUGGAUGUCUGGUGAGGUCAGCCGACACACCAACCGCAAAGUUGCUAAUGAUUUCUAUAAGAAACUAAUGAAGACAUUUAAUACUGAAGAGAACCAAGCACAUUUCAUGGUGCAUGCAAUCGACAGUUUGAAUGAGAUCAAGUUGGAUCAUACCAAGCAAGUUCACAAAUUUAUCAAUGAUUGGAAGCAAAUUAUCAAUCGGUUGAAUGAAAACAAGAACCAGCUUGCGACCAACCGAGAGAUUCUACGAGUAUUUCUACUUCGUGCAUUACAGUCUGAUGCCUUUGAAGAAUCAAGACAAUUUAUUCUCCAGAACCCUUUGAAGACCAUUGAUGAUUACUUGGAUCAUAUCCGAAAUCGAGCCGAUUCGAUGAGGAUGCUGAGUGGCGACCCCCCAAUCCGUUAUGAUGGGGAUAUUGUCCCUGGGAUAAUCCGCCGGGCCGAAUGUCGAACCAAGACCAAGGGAUCCGACCCUCCUAAAUGGCACAUUCCAUUUUUUCCUAAUGGAUGGAAGCAAGCAUUAGGGAGGGGAGCUUUCAGGCGUUUGGAAGAAUGGAGCCGUGCCGCUCAUGGUACUAAUAAGCGUCCACGCGACCUCGAAAGGGAAUUUGAGAUGAAGAAGGUUUGUAAUAAGUCAUAUGAUCCCAACCUUGAUCGAAAAACAAAGAAAGCUCGCGGAGGAGCUAUUGACACUGAGGAAGACGACAAUUCUCAGGACGGCACCACUGAUUCCAGAUCUCACAAGUUCAGAAUUCGUGUGCUCCGCUGUACCACUUCUCCUCCGGAACCAAAUGAGCCCGUCUUGAUCACGGACAGUGGCGCCGACCAAUUUUUGGCCGGCUACAUCUGGAGAAGACUUAGUACUACGGGAAGACUGGUCAAGCUCAUGGGAGCUUUGGCAGGAAGACAUUCUGGAACAGUUUUACCGGUGGCAUCUGUCGUCGGAAAAUUGAUUGAUGCUGCUGGCAAUGAAUGGUGUGCAGUCGCCAACGAAGUCCUCCACGACACGAGUCCAAACCAGCAUGAAUCCUUACUCCCACCGGCGCAAGUACGUAAUGCGGGCAAUGCAGUGGAUGAUUGCCCAUCUGACGCAAAGACGACUCGCGGGGACUUUGGAACACAAUGUUGUGUGUUUGGUUCGGGAAAAGAAAAGCACACACUCCCGUUAUUCUUUGAUGGAUUGAAGUGCUACUAUCGAAUGGAGGCCAUCACCGAUGACGAACUUACAUCUUUGCCAAGAAUUGUUCUCACUGGAGAUGCGGAAUACGAGCCGACUAGCCGGACUACAAUUCGCCGAAUGAACACGGACGAAAUUGAUUGGAAACGGACCAUGGCUUUUCCCCCUGAUGAUGUCUUGAAACAUACUCUUGAAGCAACCACUCAACUAAUACCUGUUGUUGAGGCUGAGAGCCGUGAAAUAAUGAGAGACCACUUGAAGUCAAGACUAUCUUGCCUCCGCUACCGCAGACGGCGAGAUCAAAACUAUUUGGAUACGUUCAAGGCAAAUGUAAAAUUGGUCCGCGGAUUUCAAUACUUUAACCUAUUUUGUGGUGAGAAAUCUGGCUACAAUCACCCGGUUCUGAUGCAGCGCAAGAGUGAAUCUCCGGAAACACUUGAUGCCCACUUUGAACAUUGUGGAACCCCACAUACUUUGAAGUCUGACAAUGCAAAAGAAUUCAAGUCCAAGCACUUCGAACGCAAACUUCGCAAAGCACAAGUCGACGCCAAGUACACUGAACCCAAGCACCCUCAGCAGAACCUUGCCGAACUGAGAGGAGGCAGACUAAAACAUGUGGUUCAACAUAUUUUGCUAUUGACUGGAGCCCCUGCUGAAUAUUGGUGUUACUGUUCGGAAAAUGUUGCUUUUGUGAAAGCACGAACGUCAAAGAGAGUUCUUAACCAUAGAACGUCAUGGGAAGCUGAGUUUGGCGCAGUCCCUGACAUAAGCAAGUGUCGAUUCUCUUUUUGGCAACCUGUCUGA